UGUGUUGCACAAUGAAAUCCAUUUGCGGCUAACGCUCUGCGUGUUGUCUUUUACGUUCGAUAGAUUUUUGUUGAAGAAGGGUCAAGACCCUGCGACACAUUUUUGAUCUGUGGCCAUAUCUAUAAUCUACAAUCCAGUAGCUGCCCAGGGUAACAAAACGUGAGCAACUUCGCUUGUUAAAGACAGGGCGGCGCCUGGUGACUUGAACAACUCAGGUCACAAUGUCCGUCGAGGUGCCGUGUUCCGAUGUGAAGCCGGACUCCCUGUCUCUGUAUGGCCAAGUAAGACGAGGGCGGUACUCCCUCCCGCAGCUGUACGGGGAGGCGGAGGAAGUGACUUUUGGAGACCGACCCAUCUACUGCCAACCUUUCACGUGCGGGCAGCAAGCUAUGCAUGACUUAAAACCCGGCUACGGUCCACUCCCUGGACAAACUGCCUAUAGUACUGGUCUUCAAGGAACGGUUGUCAUGACAGCCCAGUCACGUGUCGGCCCAAGUGCUUUGAUAGUGACACACCAGCAGCAACCUCAGAGCUACAUAUCUCUGUCGAUUUUCGUGAUGCUGUGCUGUAAUGUUUUAUUCGGGCUGAUUGCGGUUGUCUUCUCCAUCCAAUCCGACAAUGCUGCUCACAUAUAUGACCAUUCCGGGGCGCGGACGAAGGGGAAAAUUGCCCUUUUUUUCAACACGGUCGGCAUCGUAUCGUCCCUUAUUGCAGUCACGGUUGUCGUGUCUUACGUCAUCUCAAGGGGGAAUGUGACAAAUACGAAUAGAUGGUGACGUCAUUGCCGGAAUUAUACCAGAGUUACGGGGACAAUAAUCUAUAAGCUGAGAAAACGAGAUGAGCUACAAAUGUUCACAGGUUACUAAAAUACGUAACAUACGUAAUUAUUAAAAAGGCUGUUUAUAUAAAUUGGGUCCCUUCUUAUAGGCGGUUAUUCCUCUUUUCGGUUAAAAAAAGGGCUGCUUAUAUUAGAAUUUCUCCUUGGCCCUGGGCACUGCUCCCGAUUCUGGUGUUGACUGUUUCUAUGGAAACCCGGGUUUUGGUGCGUUGCCUGUCAGAAAUGCUACAGACAAGGGUCUCGUAUGACGUCACAUCUGUCAAAGAAUUUAUGAAGCAUGUCCUCAUUGCACGAAACUGGUCUCAUGGGGACGACCAGUGCUGACACCUGGUGGCACAAGGUGCUUUGUGCGAUGCCGAGGAAUACCGAGUGAUGCCGAGCGAUGCCGAGGUAUCACAAACAUUUCGGAGCCAGCAGCAAAGUGCAUCUGUGGAGACGACCAGUGCUGACAUCUUGCGGCACAAGGUGCUUUGUGAGAUGCCGAGGAAUACCGAGCAAUGACGAGCGAUGCCGAGGCAUCACAGACAUUUCGGAGCCAGCAGCACUGUUCUUGUCCAGCGCACCACAUGUACAGACUGUGCAUAUUGCUAGUUUGAGACCUGUGCUAGAGGACAUUUUAUUCAUCGUCGUUUAUGAUGUGUUGACGUCAUCGUUCUGUGUGGUCACGUGAAUCUUGACGAGUCACGUGAAUCUUGAAGCCAAUUUUGCUGUCUUGAAGGCGAUUUUGCCGUCUUGAACUAAAUUUUAUCUUGCGCUGAUAUUCUGUUGUUUAGAAUGAAAAUUUCCGAUUUGAAGCUAUUUUUCAAAUCUAGACGAUGGAAAUGUAUGAAUUGAGACAAAAUAUUUGUGUCUUGAACGUAUUUUUGAUGUCUUGAAGGAAAUUUUCCCGUCUUGAAUUUUUUCCGCUUUGGCGUGCCAUAGGCAACAGCAAACGGCAGUGAAUAGAGCUUAAAUAAUAUUUAGUCUUUUUUAUUUUCUAAGAUUUGUAACGCAGUGUAUACAACUCUGUAACCACAUUGCCUGCAUGACCCAAGACAUGUGUUCCACUUUUGUAACUUGGAAAUUAUUUCUUUAACAUUGCUAUCGCCAUCUAUAACAAGGCUUUUGUGACAUCUGUCACAGCGAUUUAUUUUUGUUAUUUAUGUCAAUAGUUAUUUUUGUCAAUAGCUGUAAGUAAUAAUUGAAAUUAGCAACUAAUAUUUCGUAUGCCCACAGUCAGACUUCAUUAGGCUAUUAUUGUCAUCGACUAUUUACAAAU